AUGCCAAAUAAACGUAAGAAAAAUACUUUGUCUUUGGAAACCAAAGUGCAGAUCUUGGAAAAGCUUGACCAAGGUAUUCAAGGGAAGCGGUUAGCCCUAGAAUUUGAUGUGGCGCCAUCUGCAAUCACCUAUAUCAAAUCUAUGAAAUCAUCAAUUUUAAGCGCUGUUUCUAAUACCUAUCAUAAGGCUAACAAAAAAUCAUUGCAUUUCGCUGAAUAUCCAAAAUUGGAAUGUACAUUAACUGGGCCAAUACUAAAGGAGAAAGCCAAACAAAUAUUCAAAGUGGAAUUAAAAAUUUGUGGCGAGAUUCUCUGUAGUGAUGUUGCUUCAGUCUCCCCGUUUAUUCACAGAUUUCGUGCAAAAGUCGAUGAGAUGGGGCUGAUGGAGUCACAAAUAUAUAAUGUAGAUGAAACCGGAUUAUUUUACCGUUGUUUACCUGACAAAACAUACGUCUCUCUUUUCGAGAAUACUGAUGGAUCACAUAAAUUAAUGCCAUUAGUAAUUGGAAAAGCAAAAAAACCAAGAAGUUUCCAAGGAUUCAAUAAUCCACUCCAUUACAACUUUUCAAAAAAUGCUUGGAUGACAUCUCGGAUUUUUCAUGAUUGGUUUCACAAGAUAUUUAUUCAUGAGGUGAUUCGGUUCUCUCAGGAAAAUAAUUUGCCUCCGAAGGCAAUUUUGCUAAUUGAUAACUGCUCUGCUCAUGCACCAAUUGAGAAACUUCAAAGCGACGAUGGAAAUAUAAUUGCAUUUUUCUUUCUACCAAAUGUAACAGCAACUUUACAACCAAUGGAUCAGAAUCCUAUUAAGUUAACCAAGCUAAACUACAGAAGUAUGCUUCUUUCUCAAUUAAUUGCUGAAGGAGGUGACCUCAAGGUUCGCUUGAAAUCCUUUUCAAUUCGAAAUGCAAUCAUGCUAUUAAAGCAAGCUUGGUAUGAUGUUCCAGAAAGAGUAAUAAAAAAGUCCUGGUCAAAGUUGAACAACUGGGACUCUGAUCAGUAUGAAAGUGAUGACGAUGAUGUGCCACUAGCACAGCUACUGCAAAAAGAUCAAGACUGCAAUGGAGCUCUUCAGGCAGCUCAAGCACUUUUAACAGAAAUAGAACCAACUAAUAACAUUAGCAUACCAGAAAUUGAAAUAUGGAACAAUGAUGUGCUUGAUGACGACCCUGCACAUGAUCUCAAUAGCGAUGAUGAGUCUUCAGGUAGCAGCGAAUUUGAUGACCGGGAGGUCUUACCAGUUGUCUUUACUUCUACAGCCAUUGAAAGCGUCAAUAAUUUAAUAAAAUGGUAUACUUAUAGUGAAUCGUUUUCCGCAAAGCACACAAGCAAUCUGCUAGCUCUUCGCAAUGAGAUUGUUAUUGCAGAAACAAAUAAAAGGAAGAAGCAAACAGCAAUAACAGACUACAUGCCUGCAAAUUAG